AUCAUUCACGGAGACCUGACAGGUACCAAUGUUCUCAUCGAUGGCGACGGAAAGGUAUAUCUUGCAGAUUUUGGCCUUGCAGGAACUAUAAAUCAAUUGACCGGUAUGACGUACCUCACAGAGCUGACCUGUCGUCCAGGAGCAAUAAGAUGGACAGCUCCUGAAAUUCUCUCUGGGGAAGAAUCAACUUCUGCAGCCACCACUCGAAGUGAUAUGUACUCCUUUGGCAGCAUCAUGCUAAUGCAACUUACUAACUUGUCCUUCGUCCCUUGGUGUCACUUGAGCAAUGACACCGCAAUUCUGCUGAAAGUGAUUGAAGGGAAAAUACGUCCUCGUAUAAAUGUCACUGACCAGCACUGGAAUUUCAUGGUUUCAUGUUGGUCCAUGAUACCCAUUUAUCGACCUUCUGCCGUAGAAGCACUU